GAGGCGCUGCCAACCUGGGCGCGCACCUGUAGCCUGGGCGGACCGCAAGAAUGGCGGGCUCCCGGCUGCUGCCCCUGACGCUGGCUUUGCUUCUGUUCGCGAGAACCGGCGACUCCUCCGUCGUCCUUACAUGUACAGGUGUUGCUUUUACACUACUCUGGGAGAGCGUAAUAACAAACAACUCCCCCUCCCCAACUACAGAAUCAACACAGACAACCUCCGAUCCCUCCUCCCAAAGUCCAGAGAUAACCCCUGAGUCCACCUCUCCAAGUCUCCACCCCACAAGUCUGGAAACCACAUCCUCUGCACACUCCAGCUCCAACCCCACAAGUCUGGAAGCCACAUCCUCUGCACACUCCAGCUCCAACCCCACAACAGGUUCAGCCUCCCCAGAACCAGAGACAGCUUCUUUCCCCAGCUCUGUGUUCCCCAGUUCUGAGCCAACCACCACACCCCAGUUCACGAACUUGGCUCCACAAGGGUCACCCACUACGUCCAGUCCAGGCCAGGAUGCAGGCAGCCUCUGGAUCCCCACAUCACACAGGAACCCCGGUGUGGUGACUGCUGUGUGUCUGCUUGUGUCUGUCUUACUCAUCGGCUCUGUGUUCAUCGCUGUGAGACAUUUUAAUCGAGAUUUGCCAGCUUUUCACAAUCUGGAUACGGUAUCCAUGGUGAGAUGGGUACAGGCAGGGCUGGGGCUGCUGACUUCCCAGUAGAAUCCUCCUGCAGUAGAAUCCUGUGGUACUUAAUGCGUCUUCCUCUUCUAGGGCAGUGUGAGUCAGAGGCUGCCAUUCGCUGACCGCCUACAGUCGUGACUCUCAGAGACCCAGAUUAUGGUGUGGGUGACACCUGGAAAGAAGAGUGUCUGGAAACUCCCCUCCCCCGCUAUCCUGACCUGGGGAUAAGGGUCAGGAGGACGGCUGGAGCCCAGGGGUUUCAGGCCCACACAUCUAGUACCCAACUCAGUUAUUACAUCAAUCCAGGAGUGAUGGAGCACACCUGUCAUCCCUGCACUUGGGAAGUAGAGACAGGAGGAUCAGGUGUUCAAGUCCACCCUGAACUACAUAAGGGGUUUGAGGUCAGCCUGGCCUGCAUGAGACUCUGUCUUUAAAAUAAUUGGUUUUUUUGGGGGGGGCAGCAUGGUUCAAUGGUUAAGAACACUGUCUGCUUUCCAGAGGACCAGGGCUCUGUUUCCAGCACCCUCGUGUAAACUCACAACCAUCAAUAAUUCCAGUCCUAGGGGAUCCGGUGGCCUCUUUUGGCCUCUGCUGUCACCAGGUGAUAUACAGACAUACAUGCAGACAAAACACAUUAAAAAAAAUAAAACUAAAUAAACACAAACUA